UCCCCAUAUACUAUAGUCUCCCCUGGAGACUCAUAUAUUAUAUGCUCUCAAAAAUUUAAAAGUAAAUAUUUUAUAGGAGAGCGUUAAAGCAAAAUGGCCAUUGCAAAGAGUGGUGUUAUUAUUAUUUUACUCUUUGCAUUGGCCAGUUAUGCAGAUGCUGCUGCUGCUGUAAGAGCAAGGCCACCUGUUGGUCAUGAUGUAUUUGGGGAUAAAAAUAAUGCUAAGGAUGUGCCCCUUCCUGGUGAGAAAUUAGUUAAUGUCUUGAGUUUUGGUGCCAAAGGUGAUGGUGUCUUUGAUUCCACUGAGGCUUUCAUGCAGGCAUGGCAAGCAGUUUGCCACACUGAAGGACAAAACCGAUUGUAUAUUCCUGCUGGAAAGUUUUUGGUUUCUUCUAUGUAUUUUCAAGGACCUUGUCUUGCUCCAAAUCCAGUAACAAUUCAAGUUGAAGGAACUGUUUUGGCUACCACUGAUAUUUCUGAGUAUGAAAACGGAGAUUGGCUCAUGUUUCAGAAAAUCAAUGGCCUAAAAAUCAUUGGUGGUGGUACUUUUGAUGGACAGGGUCAAAAAUCAUGGGAAUAUACUGAGAAUUGCGAAGCUAGCAACGAAGUUUGCGUCAGAAACCCCAGCAGUUUGUUUUUCAUGGAGGUCCAAAAUGCAAUUGUACAGAACAUUAGAUCAGUGAAUCCCAAAGGCUUUCAUGUAUUCAUUACUAAAUGUUCAAACAUUAGGAUGCGUAAACUUAAACUCAUUGCACCUGAAACCAGCCCCAACACUGAUGGAAUUCAUAUCAGUAGCUCAGUCAAUGUGAUUAUAGCAAGAAACUCUAUUUCAACUGGUGAUGAUUGUAUCUCUAUGAUACAAGGUUCUGAAAAUAUUUUCAUCAAUAGACUCAAGUGUGGACCUGGUCAUGGUAUCAGUAUUGGUAGUCUUGGAAAGUACGAAAAUGAGAGAGAGGUUAGAGGUGUUAGUAUCAAGAACAGUGCAUUGAUUGGCACAACCAAUGGUCUCAGAAUAAAAACAUGGCCAGAUAGAUAUGGUGGUGGAGCAUCAAUGAUAAGUUUCAGUAACAUUAACAUGACAAAUGUUAAAAAUCCUAUCAUCAUUGAUCAGGAGUAUGAAUGUUACCCAAAUUGCCAAAAGAAGCCAUCAUUGGUGAAAAUCCAAGACAUUCAUUUUGCAAAUGUAAAGGGAACAACAAUAUCACCAAUUGCAGUGGAUUUGAGAUGCAGCAAGCUAUAUCCAUGUUCGGGUGUUACAAUUAGAGAUAUUGACCUAAAGUUUGGAAAUGCCCCUUCAAGUGCUAGAUGCGUUAAUGUUAAGCCUGUCUAUGGUGGUUUCUUAAACCCACCAGCUUGCAUGUAAUUAUUUAUGGGAUCAAGAAAUGAGAGCUUUUAUAUUAUGUAUCCUAGGAGCAUCACAGCAAAUUAUGCAUUUUGUAAUAUGUGUGAAUUGUAUAACGGAAACAGGGGAAAUGAUCACUAUUUUAAAAUAUCUUUACUA